UUAGAAGAAGAAUAUAAUAAAUGAUAUUUAGAAUCUUUAAUUCUAGCUUAAGGAGGAACUUGUAUACAAAAUUAUAUUGUAGAAAGUCUUACUCAUGUUGUAGCUUCUAUUAUUGAUUUUAGAGUUAAUUCUAUUAUUGAUUUUAAAGUUAAUUCUAUUAUUGAAAAGUAUCCUACUACUAUUAUUAGACCUCAAUGGGUCAUUGAAUGUAUAAGAAGAUCAUAAUUAGUUAAUAUUGCACCUAGAUUUAUAUUAUAUGCACCUUUAGCUAUUAUGAAUGAAAUUAAUAAAUUUUAUGAUAAGUUUGGAGAUUCAUAUUAUGAAAUAAUUGAUGAAUUGGCACUUCAAGAUAUUUGCGAUAAUAUUAAAAUAAAUAAACCAGUUAAUUAAGAUGAUUUAUUAUUACUUGAAGAAGAAUUGUUAUUCUAAUUACCAAAAUUAUGGAUAUUUUUGAACAAGACUUUCUAUCCUUAUUGUUCAAAUCAUUAAAUUUCUGAAGUAGAAUUGGAAACUUUCAAAUCUAGAGUAAUUGUUAGAGAAGGUACUUUUGUAAAUAGUUUAUAUGAUGAUAAAUUGGAUUUCAUUAUUUUAUUUAAAGAUUAGACCUUCAUUCAGAACGAAAGACUCAAAUAAUUUUUUAAUGAUAAACCUUAUAUCUAAACAACUACAUAUAGUCGAUUGAUGCAAUUGAUUGAAGAAUAACAGUAAACUAUACUACCUUCUUGA